UUGUGGAUUUCUCUCAAAAAAAAAAAAAAAAAAGAAGAGUUGUGGAUGAGCUAGAACAAGAUGUCGACGCUUCCAGACGAUUUGUGGAGAAGCAUAAUGGAGAUUGGUGUUGAAACCAAAACUCUUGAUUAUAAGAGUUUGUGCUGCCUCUCCAUCACCUGCAGCCGAUUUCGCCGACUCGCCUUUGAAGAUUCUCUGUGGUCGCUUCUUCUUCUUUCCGAUUUCCCUUCCACCGCCAAUAAUUUCAUUUCCAGGGGCAAGGCCAAGAACCUCUACCAAAUUAGGUAUAAGAAUGAUAGAGAUAAAAAGCGGCUAGAACACAGAAGAGCUGUUCUUCGAAUCGAGAGCGAAAUAGCUGUGCAUUCGAGGAAAAUUCGGGAGAUAAAGCUCGGGUCUUUGGAGGAGAAAAGGAAGAUGAAUGAGGCACUUGGUGAGCUUAUCAAUCUUCAUAGGAUAAGGAGAGCUUCUGUUGCACUAAAUGUUUGGCAGCCAGAAAUGAUUCGUAGCAGACAAAGGGAGAUGGUUCAGCAGACCAAUGUGCCUGUUCAUGUUCGGAUCAAUGCUCUUGAGAUGGAGGUUAGCCUUUGCAAGCAACAAAUUGCAGCAUUUGAACGUGCCAUUCAAUUCCGGGAAAAAAGGCGUCGUGCAGCUGAAGAAGAGCUGGAUUCCUUGAAAUACCAUCCACUCCAAGAUCUUCAGAACACUAGUGGUCAUUCAAGUGGAUGCCGAGUUAGAAGUAAAAGAUUGAAAGUGCGCAGGAUUAAGGGAUCCAAGUCAGUAGGAGAUAGUUCGGACGACGCAGGUGAAAAGAGCGCAAGAAGGGUGCAAUACUGAGCAGGAUGCAUGCCAGAAAAAAGGCUCGGGAUGGAGAAGAAGGAUAGCUGGGAUGAUCAAUAACAAGGGGCAGAAAAGUCAAAUUGCGAAGGAAGUCUACCCUAAAAACAAGGGCAAGUCUCCCUAUAAAAGAAGCCACUUGGAGAGAGAGAGAGAGGAGUUCUGAGUUCGAAAAAGUCCAACCACUACACUUAGUAGAAUUCUCUCUAGGGAUCAGUCUUCAACAUUGUCCAGUUUCUCGUUCCUCGCCACAACUUUGGUCACUUGACGUCCAGAAGUCUACCGGAGAAGUCAUCAUCCCACCGUUCCAGCCAGUUCGUCGUAGUAAUAUAGCAGUUUCACCGCCCGGAUUGGCAAAAUCAAUCGUUAUUCGCUUUCUAGUUUAAUCUUUACUUGUUUUCUUUGUUGGAUCUGUUGCAAACAUUUAUC